AUGGUGGUGGUUCUUCUGUAUGUGGAUGAUAUAAUUUUAACGGGUAGUAACUAUGAUGAGGUUGCUCGUCUACAAGAUGAGCUAUCGCUUCGCUUUAAGAUGAAGAAGCUUGGUUUAUUUGUAUCGCAGAUCAACUACGCAAAGAAGUUGGUAGAAAAAUUUGGUAUGAAUGAUGGAAAAAAGAGCUAUACUCCUCUCGACGUAAAUCCUAGACUCAGUCAAGACGAAGGAACAUGUCUACCAGAUCCUCGUCCUUAUCGUGCUCUUGUGGGAAGUCUGAUUUAUAUGACUAUAACAAGGCCUGACAUUGCUUAUGCAGUUGGAGUGAUAUUGGUCUACUAUACGAAAAAGAUGCAAAAUUUGUCUUGCAAGGAUAUGCAGAUGCUGACUUUGCUGGAGAUUGAGACGAUCGAAGGUCCACAUCUGGGUUUGUUUUUCUUUGUGGAAACACUAGCAUAUCUUGGAGUAGUAGGAAACAAGGAUCAAUAUCAUUGUCUACAAACAGAAGCGGAAUACAAAACAUCAACUCAUGCAUCACAAGAGUGCAUAUGGCUUCGUAGACUCUAG